GGCUGCCAACCCAACAACAAAAAGGUCGUGGAAAGCAGCUCCACCUUCCUGUCUCCAGCAUUCCACUCCACCCCUCCCCCCUCUUCUCCAGCCAUGUCUGCUAUCAAAACAUACGAAAUCACAGAGCCAUGGCUCAAGGAACGCUGCUCACUGGGCGAAGGCCCCUUCUGGGAGGAGGACACAAAUUCGGUUCGCUUCCUCGAUGUCGAGCAGCAAAAGGUGAUGCGUGUGGACUUGGAAAAGGGCCCGUCGAGCUUCAAGGUGAUCAAGGACUUUGACAUCUCCAUGGGCGUCACAGCAGACAUUGAGGGCAACGACAAGGAGUUUGUCUUUGGCGGCAAGUAUGGCUUUGGCGUAGCCGACAAGCAGACUGGCGAGUACCGCUGGCUCCAAAAGGUGUGGUCUGAGGAGGAAAUCAGCGCCAAAAAGCACGAGAUGAUGCGAGGCAACGAUGGCGCCGUCGACUCCCAAGGCCGCUUUUGGGUGGGCUUCAUGUUUGAUCCCUUGCUGUCCGAGUUGAGGAAAGAUGGCGCCGUGUUCCGGCUGAACGCCGACCUGAGCCUCGAUCGCCCCAUGGACGACAUUAUGAUUCCCAAUGGUACUGCUUGGAACAAGCAGGACGACACCAUGUACUUUUGCGACAGCCCGACAAAGACUAUUUUCCAGUAUGACUUUGACCCGGCCACGGGCGCCAUCAGCAACAAGCGUCCCUACUUCACCAUGCCCGAGGACAAGCGCUACGGCCCAAACGCCGUGCCAGACGGCCACUGCCUGGACGAGGAGGGCUACAUGUGGACGGCCCUGCACGGAGGCUCUCGCGUGCUCCGAAUCUCACCCCAGGGCGAAGUUGUUGCCGAGAUCAAAGUCCCGACCAGUCAGGUUACCUGCCCUUGCUUUGUCGGCGACAGUCUCUUCAUUACCAGUGCUGGUGGCACGAGCGGCGAGAACGGCGGGCCUGUAGACGAGAAUGCGGGCUACUGCUUCCUAAUCAACGUUGGUGUGCGGGGCUUGAAGAAGUUCAAGUUCAAGGGUGGUGACAAGAUCUAACGUGGUAAGCAGAAUGCUGAGGUUGUUGGGGAAUGGUAUCGAGGCUAGCUUUGUGGAGCCAGUCAGACUUUGUUGCUCGACUUGGAAAAUGGAAAGCCGCGGAGGCUAGGUGUAUUGUAUCCAAUGUAUACAGUUCAUGUUGCUCAUCUACAAGACUCGCAUUCUUCGCAUUCAGCCCAGUGUCGCCAUGUUUGGUGCGCUAGAUAUAUUCAACCAUCAUGUUGAUAUUCC